UCGCACGCGUCCCGCCAUAAAAGCCACGGGCAUUGCCACCGGCCGAACGAAGUAAAACAUUUUUUUUUUUUAAAACAACAUCGCGCAAUAUUUCGCGUUAUUUCCCCGUGGCCACUGCGUCCGCCUCGGACGAUGUUCCCCGUGGCCCUGGCCUCCGGCCAAUGUCGCCGCCACUGCCAAGCCCACGAGCGGCCAGUGGCCUCGCGGGCCAAGACAGUGGAGACGUCCCGUCCUUACAGCUUCCUCAUCGCCGACCUGCUCGGCCAUGGGGUGGCCAACGCGACGCGGCAGGGACCGGCGUCGGGACCAGGGGCAGAGAUGGGAUCGGUGUCCGGUGAGGCUCACCCUGUGGUGGCGGCGGGGGCGGUGCUGGAGGUGGACAACCCGGUGGUCACGGGCCGUGGGGUGACCACGGUUGGGCCACCAGCCUCGUCGCGGCUGGCGUUUGGGGUCGAUGCCAUUCUGUCCCGAGUGGAGCGGCCUUCAGAUUCACACUCGCCCUGGAGGGAGCCCUUUGACCCCUUGACCCCGCGUCACUCCAACCCCACCGUGCUCCCUCUGUACCUGGAGGGAGCCUUCUACCCCAUCCUGGGCUGCCCCCUUCCACCAGUGCCUUGCCCCUGGGCCGUGCUGGCCCGCGCAAGGCCCCGGCGCUCCACGCCCAAGCGCGCCGUCUUCUCCGAGGAGCAGAGGCGGGGCCUGGAAAGGGCCUUCCGCCGGCAGCGCUACAUCGCUCGGCCCGAGAGGCGCCGCCUCGCGGCCCGCCUGGGCCUCCGUGACGCUCAGGUGAAGAUCUGGUUUCAAAACCGCCGGAUGAAAUGGCGCAACUCGAGGGAGCGUGAGCUGCUCGGCACCGCCGGGGGCGGCUUGGACGAUGGCGAUUUCCGCACGGGCGUCGUGGAAACAUCAGGCGGUGGCGGUGGCGGCGACGCCCAGUGCUCGCGUACGUGA